CUCGGUGCGUGUCUUCUGCUGUUGACGCGCGCGCCCACGUGGGCUGUGCGGAAAGGGUCCGACAGUCCGGAGUGUUUAUGACUCCGUCUGAUCAGGAACAGACGACGCCUGCUACAGCUCUUGCCGUCAUGCUUCGUCGUGAGACUGAGGCAGGACCCUCUAACGCAGCCCUGGCGAUGGAGCUAACCUGCCCGAUCUGCUUACAGCUAUUCUCUGAGCCGGUCUCUCUUCCCUGUGGUCACUUCUACUGCUUCGACUGUCUUCAGAUCAUGGGAGAAGGCCUGGACCAACACAGCUGCCCCGAGUGCCAGGCUGAGUACCAGGGUACCACAGCACUUGUGAAAAACACCAAAAUGUGCAGCAUCGUAGAGACUUACAGAACCACUGCUGGGAAAAUGAUCUCUGCUGCAAACCCUUUUGAGUUAGAGGAUUCAGACACAGAUGGAGAAUGCAAAGGACAGAGCGUCAGUGCAAUCGGAGGAGUUCAAAUUGAGUCGACGUCCACAGAGCAGUUGGUUUCUUUGAAUGAAGAAAGUAGCAGUCAGAAAGGUGGCGUCAGUAUGGAAAAACCUAAGCUUGAGCUCGCAUCUCAAGUCACCGAGUUGAGCCUCAAGUUAGAGAUGGCAGAAGAUGUCCUGAGGAAAGAAAAGGCCCGAGAGCUGGAGAUGACCACAGGGAAUGCCCCGCUGAGAGAGAAAGUAUCCAAACUGUUGGGCCAGAUCAGGGAGCUGUCGCAGAGCUACUGUGAGCAGGUGACCCAGCUGGUUGAAGAGGAGUUAGGCCCAGGCGAGGCCAUUCUGUGCAGUCGUGUCAAUAAAACCUCUGAACUGACAAAGCAGCUAAAGCAGGCCAUGCUCAGAGCCAAGUCCCUGCUCACUGAGGAUGAUGAAGCGGCAUUUAGUGAUGAAAUGCAAAGUCUACAACCUCACAUUGUUGAGCUGAUUGCCACACCAAUUGGAGAAAAAGAGGAAGAAGUCCCCGUUGAGUCAAAAGUAAACACUGCGCGAGCUCUUCCCAAGCUGGAAAUCAUGAACACACAGCUGAGACAAGGACUCGGAGAGAUUCAGCGCCUUCUACGGAACGCCUUCAACCCAUCAGAGGUGACCUUUGACCCCGAAACAGUCCAUCCUAACCUUGUUCUCUCAGAGGAUCUGAAGAAAGUGACUUUCGCCGCGGUCAAACAGCCCUACCCGCCUUCUCCUCGAAGGUUCACCAGCUUCUUCCAAGUCCUCAGCUCCCAAAGCUUCUCUGAAGGCGAUCACCGCUGGGAGGUGGAGCUCGACGGCGCUCCGUGGAUCAUUGGCGUGUGCUACAGUGAGAAGCUGGCACGCAGCGGCCUGCCAUCGGCACUGGAAAGCAGCCAGAGCUCCUGGUGUCUCAUGUGGUUCAACAACCUCCUGACAGCGUUUGACCAAGGCCACAGCGUACCACUGAAGAAGACCACAGUGUCAUGCAGGUUGGAGAUCACGCUGAGCUUCAAGACCCAAAGACUGAGCUUCUACAACAUCAGUCCCGCCAGCGAGAAGACACAUGUGUAUACGUUUAAGGCGAACCUGACAGAACCAGUGCACCUGGCCUACAGGAUGAUGUCUGGGAACCCGAAAGCCCAUGCCACCAUUCAUUCAUAAUAUGUGGCUAGUUUUCAAAUAGUUCACUGUCAGAGAGAGUCACAAAUACUCAUAGCAUCAUUUCAUCUGUGUAACAAAGGAAUAUAGCCAAGUAGUGGAUAUUUUGUGGCAUUAUCUUGUUUAUUAAUAACGCUUUCAGGACUCUCAAAAGCACCUUUCAUUUAAAGAUACAUUUAAUAGAACAAUAGAACACAAAAUGUAUUAAAUAAUUAUAUAUUACAGUACAAAUUAUCCAUGAUUAGCAGAUAUUGGCUCAAGCCUUCACACAGCGAGCAGGACAGGCUGAACAGAUGGAUUGUGUUGUUUUGAUGUGAGGGAGUGAAUCUGGAUUGCAGAGGCAAAUUAUCUGAUAUAGGUUUUAUGGUAUUUUACAGUAUUGGUUUAAUGAAAUGGAAUACAAUGCAAACUUAAAUUGUCCUUAUUUCACUUUUUGAAGAAUUGAACAGAAAUAAUUUCUUUCCAGAGAGAAAUUAUUUCCAACAUUUCUCCACACUAAAAUAUCAAUAAAAAUUACCUGAAAA